CGGCAACUAGAUUAGCAUCCGACAGUUGCAUGACGGUCAGCAUGGUAAGGUCCAGAGUAUUCAUGGAUUUUUCUGAGGGAGGGGAACUACUUGGACGGGUUAUAUUCGAGCUGUACAAUGACAGCGCUCCCAAGGCAAGCGAAAAUUUCCGUGCACUUUGCACAGGGGAGAAAGGCCGUACCAGCUCUGAUGUUCCGCUGUAUUACAAAGGCUCCAUCAUCCACAGGUCUAUAAAAGAUUUUAUGAUUCAAGGCGGAGAUUUCACGAAAAGGAAUGGGACUGGCGGCGAAUCUAUCUAUGGAGGAAUGUUUGCAGAUGAAGACUUACUUAGACCUUUGGAUUCUGAAGCGUUGCUUUGUAUGGCAAAUCGAGGACCUGAUACGAAUGGUUCACAGUUCUUCAUCACCCUGCGGCCUUGUCCACACCUAAACGGAAAACAUGUCGUUUUUGGCAGAGUGCUUAGAGGCUAUGAUGAAGUUGUUCAGAAGAUUGCAGAAGUACCUGUCGAUGGAAAAGAUAGGCCGUUAAGUCCUGUGGUGAUACACAAUUGCGGGGAGUUGGAACUCAAAAAACCGCCAGCCAAACUAGUUCCCUCGGAAUCAGAGCCGGAACCAUUGAAAGAGGAAAAACCAAGAGAAUCACGACGUCGUUCGCGUCAUUCCCGCUCAAUUUCUCGUUCGUCAGACAGCGAAUCAGACUCGUCCAACAAGCGUCAUCGUCGUAAAAAAUCGAAACGCAAACACCGGAAUGACAAAAACGCAGAUAGUAUCGAAAAAGAAGCCAAACUCAAUUUUAGGGGGGAAACUGAAGAAGAGUACGAUGCACGUCUGGAGCGGGAAGAAAACGAGCGGUUGGCCGCGGAUAGAAAAAUCCAGUUGGAAAGGAUGAAGGGAAAAUAUGAUGCCGAGUCUCAAACUCAAGAUGGCGUAAGGUUCAAAGGUCGAGGAAGAAUGAAAUACAUUGACCCAGAUGUUCGAUUUAGAUAA